AUGCCUCGGCCUCCAAAUAGUUGGGUGUGGCAGCAUUACAGACACAUCUCGAACGAAAACGGGUUUUCCAACGUUCAAUGCAUGCACUGUGACAAGACGUUCCGGUACUCCAGCAGGAACGGGCCCACGAAUCUGGCCCGGCAUAUAAACAAAACCCAUCGUCUGGGACAGCCCGAAUCGGCCAUCACUCGCCGGCCUUUUGGGGCUGCGCCUAACGAUCUCGUCAAGAACGCCGACGCACAGAGGUCCCGCAUGGCGCAACAGCAACCGUCGCCGUCGCAGACCAAGGACUCCAGCACAGAGUCCGCUGCUUCGGGUGCUGCCGACAGAACAGGCUCGCUGGACAUCGGUCUCACAACGCCAACCGACCUAGGACCUGCCGGGUAUGCAGCGCCAAAUUCGAUGCUUCAGGGGAACGGGAUCAUGGUCAACAACGGCGGAGGCUCGGCCGGCGGGGGCUCCACCUCGUCUGCGUCCUCUAACGGACACGCAGGUUCUCUCUCAGGACACGACUACUCUGACUCGAUUUCGAGGUCGAUCGCCAUACAGACACCGCUGUACCGUCUGGACAUGCAGGGUAAUGGGUCGACCCAGAGGUCGGUGCAAAAACAGGCCGAUCAGCUCGAGGCUCUACUGUACAGCGCCCAGCAGAUGGUGCAGCAAAUCGCGGCCCACCAGCCCCAACUGUACCAGGUUCAGCACGUGAUGCAAACAGUCGUUCAGACACAGCAGGUUCUGUACCAGCAGAUGAGACAGCAGGCCCGCACGGCUGUGCGAAUCGAGCAGAGACUGGCCAGAUCGUUAAACGAGAACAGGGGCACAGGGCUGGAACAGGCGUACGACCUGAUUCCUUUCGCGAACGGAGUCGACCCGGCAAACGACGAGGCAGGUCUGCCGCUGCUGGUGAACAUCUACGCGCUAUUUAACUGCACCAACGCCGCCCUCGACCAGUACCUGGUCAACUACGAGCUGUUGGGCAGCCAGGGCUCGGAAGCUGGCAGGCUCAGCAGACAGGAGAAGAUUGUGCGACUGGGCAAAUUCAUAGGGUGCACGAUGGUGGACAAGUAUUGGGAGAUUUUCAGACGACAUUGA